AUGACGGAGUUAUCAGUGUUCAUGUGCAUUGGAUUGAAGAUCGACGAGGAUCGAAUCAAAGCCCUAGCCGAUCUCCUCCAUCGCGUUCUGUUGUGUUCCAGUAACGAAAACAAACUCAAUCAGUAUCCACUAAAAUUAGGGAAAUUCCUCUGCCCUAAUCUUUGGAAGGAACUCUCAACACUUCGAAACGAAAUCGAAACUGCAAUAAUUCCUCUAAUUAAAUCCAGAUUCCACGAAAAACAACGCGAAAUCGAACAAAAGAACAACGAAUUAGAAUCAGAAUCAGAAUCAGAAACAAAAUCAGAACACAUUUCGCCCUAUCUCGACACAUUGAUAAACCUACACCUCCCAGAAGAGAAUCGGAAGCUCGAAGAAGGUGAAAUCAUCAGCCUAUGCGUGGAGUUUCUCAACGGAAUCGUCCAUUCCACAGUAGUGGUGAUGGAAUGGGCAAUGGCAAACAUCGUAAAAUAUCCAGAAAUCCAAGAGAAGCUAUAUAGAGAGAUGAAUGAGGCGAUGGAUGGAGCAUCAUGGAAAGACUACAUAAGAGAGGAGGAUGUGAAGAAGAUGCCGUACCUGAAAGCAGUGAUAAUGGAGACCUUGAGGAGGCAUCCGCCAGGGCAUUUGGCUCUACCACAUACAGUGACAGAGGAAGUGGUAUUGGAUGGGAGAUUCGUGGUGCCGGAGAAAACGACAGUGCAUUUAGCGUUGGCGGAGAUGGCGAGGAACGAGGAGGUAUGGGAGGAGGCGAUGGAGUUCAGGCCGGAGAGAUUCUUGACAAACGUGGAAGCGGAAGCUACAGAGAUUUGGAGGGGGAGGAAGGAGAUUAAGUUCAUGCCAUAUGGGGGAGGGAGAAGAAUGUGCCCCGGAGCUGGGAUUUCGAUGCUUCAUUUGCAGUAUUUUGUGGGGAAUUUGGUGUGGGUGUUCAAAUGGGAUGAGGAGGGUGAAGUUGAUCUUGAAGAAAAGUUUGAGGUUUCCAUCGUCAUGAAGAAGCCGCUGCAGGCUCGCAUUUCCAUGAGAUAUUGUUCUCUUUGA